ACCUACAAGCAGAAGCAGACCUCUUUCAAAGCUGCAGGGUAGCGGAUAAAAAUACUGAAAAUAGUACGCUCGCUUUCUACUAGAAGGUGCUGUCUUUUCAAUCAUAUUUCAGCUAAACGAGGGAGCCAACAGGACCCGGUGAUGAACGGUGACUCAGGUUCCGGGGUGGUGACUGCGCCCCCUCCCACCACCGCCCCCCACAAGGAGCGCUACUUUGACCGAGUGGACGAGAGCAGCCCGGAGUACCAGAGGGAGAGGAACAUGGCCCCGGACCUCAGACAGGACUUCAACAUGAUGGAGCAGAGGAAGAGGGUCUCCAUGAUCCUGCAGAGCCCGGCGUUCUGUGAUGAGCUGGAUACGAUGAUUCAGGACCAGCUGAAGAGGGGAAAGACCCCCACCAGCCUGUUGGCUCUGCAGCAGAUAGCUGACUUCAUGACCACCAGUAUCCCCACCAUGUACCCUGCAGCACCCCAGGGAGGCAUGGCUGCACUCAGCAUGAGUCUGGGCAUGGUAACCCCAGUGAAUGACCUGCGUGGAUCUGACUCGAUCUCCUAUGAGAAGGGAGAGAAGCUGCUCCGCUGUAAACUAGCCGCCUUCUACCGCCUGACAGACCUCUUCGGCUGGUCCCAGCUCAUCUACAGCCACUUAACCGUACGGGUGAAUUCAGAUCAGGAGAGGUUCCUGAUUGUCCCUUUUGGGCUUCUGUACAGUGAAGUCUCCGCCUCCAGUCUGGUGAAGAUUAAUAUACAAGGGGAGAUAGUGGACCGAGGGAGCACCAACCUGGGGGUCAACCAGGCUGGCUUCACUCUCCACUCAGCCAUCUACGCAGCCCGGCCAGACAUCAAGUGCAUCGUACACGUUCACACACCGGCUGGAGCUGCAGUGUCGGCCAUGAAGUGUGGCCUGCUGCCCAUCUCUCCAGAGGCCCUGACCCUGGGGGAGGUGGCCUACCAUGACUACCACGGCAUCCUCAUAGACGAGGAGGAGAAAGUCCUCAUACAGAAAAACCUGGGCCCAACCAGCAAGGUCCUGAUCCUGAGAAACCAUGGUCUGGUGUCUGUUGGGGAGACUGUGGAGGAAGCCUUCUACUAUAUCCACAACCUGGUCACUGCAUGUGAGAUCCAGGUGCGCACCCUAGCCAGUGCUGGAGGGCCUGAUAACCUGGUGAUGCUGGACCCUGCUAAGUACAAGGCUCGGCCACGGUGCUCUGAGCAUGUCGAGGGCUCCACACACCCCAAGUGGCUGGUGGGGGAGCAGGAGUUUGAGGCUUACAUGAGGAUGCUGGAUAACCUGGGCUACAGGACGGGCUAUCCCUACAGGUGCCCUGCCCUGAGAGACAAAGCUAAAAAGUUCAGCAGCGACGUAGAGAUCGCUCCCUCAGCCACGGGCUACUCCUAUGCCGAGGAUAGUGACUCAGGCGCUCGCUCCCCUCUCAAACUCAGCUUUCAGAGGCAGCAGCGCGACAAGACCGGCUGGCUCAACUCGGGCCGGCCGGAAGAGGCCUACGAGGAAGGGCCCGACAGCGGCAGUCCCAAGUCGAAGACUAAGUGGACAAAUGAGGAAGGAAUGCGACAGGCUGCAGUGGCCAAUCAGUUUGUCCCGCUCAACACAAACCCCAAGGAGGUGCUGGAGAUGAGGAACAAGAUCCGAGAGCAGAACCUGAAGGACAUCACGACGGCAGGGCCAGAGUCCCAGGUGCUGUGUGCUGGAAGCAUGGUGGAUCGCUCCUUUGUCCAGGACGCCCCUCUGUCUGACUGUACGGACACUAUUGCCGACCUCGACCUGUCAGAGACCAAUAGCCCUGCUAAGUCUUUUAGAAAGGGGGAGCUAGUGACAGCGUCUAAGGCCAUCAUAGAGAAGGAGUACCAGCCACGUGUCAUCAUCAACAAGAAAGGCCCUAACCCCUUCAAUAAACAGUAUGACCAGGAGCUGGAGGAUUACCGCAAAGAGGUGGAACUCAAACAGAAAGGACCCGAUGUACAGGGUGAAGAGUUCUUCCAGCUCUCUUCAGCUGGGCCUGGACAGGGCCUGUCCCCCUCUACCUCAACACAGAAGCCCCCACUGCCGCCAAAGCCCCUCUGUAUCCCAGAGCAGGGAGCUGGAGUUGGACUGGUCAUCCCUGGGGUCUCUGAGCCUACCCCCACAGCCUCCUCCAAGGCUGCCUCUCCCUCCUCCUCUCUCCCCAGCCGAGACACUCUGACUGUGUCGGGGGGCAGUCAGGGGAGCCCAGGGACGUCCACGGGGUCGGGGACUGGGGGCUACGGGGAAGAGUCCCCCUCAGAGUCUCCUCACAAGGAGUUUCACUGUGCCGUGCUGAAGGCUCUCAGCACCACCAACACAGAGCUGCCUGCCCUCACUGAGGUUCCAGACUCCUCAGAUGCGUUACCAGAGCCUGAGGAAGAGGCAAAGGGUCAAAGUCCGACCCGCACACCACCCAGCACCCCUGUCAAAGCAGAGGAAGAUUCUCAGCUGGAGCACACCUAUAAGGAUGAGAGUGAUCAGGCUACACUGAGACAGACCCUCCCUGACCUGACCCCAGACGAUGAACCCUCUGACGCCCCAGUCCCCGCCCUCCCUGCCGAAGAUCCUGCCACUCCCGCUGCCACCGAACAGCCCACCGCCGUGGGAGAGGAGCCUGCUGAUGCUGCCGGCGACCAAGACUGCGAACAGGACGGCGACGAAUCCCCCAGCAAAUCGCCUUCCAAGAAGAAGAAGAAGUUCCGCACUCCUUCCUUCCUCAAGAAAAACAAGAAGAAGACUGAAGAAAAGGAAGGAAAAGCAAAGGAACCCUAGACCAGACCUCCCCUCUUACGCUUUGUAACCCUUCGCUUCCCCUUGAGCGAGCCACAACCUUUGACCCUACAUGCUUAGUAUUAUUUGUCUGGCUUUAUAACUCUGUGUUCACCUCCUAGUGUGUGCCAAUUUUAUAUUAAAAAAAAGGGUCAAUCGCUUAUGAAGUUUUAAAAACGGUCGCUCUGUGGUGAAUGACUGUGUGCAAUCGGUCUGGUUCAGUGCAGCUGUGUGGCUUCUUACGCUUGUCUAUUUAGGCUUGCUACUUUAAGUGAGCAGUAGAUUUUUAUUUCCCUUUUUUAUUUGUUAAAAAAAAUGUGUUUUACUAAAACCUGAUUUAACCACUAGAAUGUAUUGGGAUUGUAUCAGUGUCUUUUAAAAAAACUAAACAAGGAAAAGCAAAUAAACGCUUGAACUAUCACUUAAUUAAACUGGUGGAAACUGAUUCAAGAUUUAAAAACUACCAACUGCACGGUGCUAAUUUCUGAUGUCUAAUAUUAGCGUUAAAUCUGUUCACUCAAACAGCAUUGGGUACAAGAGCGUGUUUUCCUCUCUGCAGUAUAACUGGUGGGUGUAUAUAAAAGGGCCCGAUGGCCAAGGUAAAACACUACCAUUUAUACAGAUUCAUUGUGUGACUCAUCAUGUACGUGUGCCCUGCGUCCCGUAAGAACUCAAAUCAUGUUGAGAAUAUCAGUCACCACCUCUAUCAACCAGUGUUGGUGGUACCUGGUGAGACUGCUGGUAUUGCAUCGGUCUACACAGGCUGUAUGGUCAUGUGGCAGGAAUGUGUAGAGACUAGGGCAGAAGGUUUUGUUGUUAUAUAAUCCUGUAUCCUUGGCUUGCUUUAGCUCUCCCCUCCUUCCUAACCUAAUCGCACCAAUCACAGGAAAGACAAAUGGAACAUAAGAGGACAAAAUAUGGCUACAGUUACAAGAGAAUACAGAUUUUGUAUGGUUAAUGAUAUAGCUAUAGUCUUUUGUUAUUCUCAACAACAAAAGAAAUUGAGUCAUUUUCACUUGCUGUGAGAGCCCUGUGAACUGAAACACCUCAAUUACAAUAUAGCACUGCCUGGAACUCACUGUUUUACCAUUUGCUUUUAGAGAAAAACGUAGGCUUGCCUGGAUCCAAACAGAGGGUGAAACGAAACCAUUCCAUCUGGAUUCAGGCUAAUAGUGGGUAUAUGGAAUGUAGGAAUACCGUUGCUUUUAAGGCACAUCUCACUAUUUUAACGCUGCAUGCAUAACCAGUGACCACACCUCAAUGGACUAUCCUGUGAAACCCCUCUGAAAUGAAAAGACUGUCUCAAGAAACAUCUCGCUUUCAAGUUGCACUCAACACCCUAUGGAGAUAUAGUACAGUAAUCAAUGUAGUUGGUGAGAUCUUACAGCCUGGUCCCAGAUCUGUUUGUGCUGCCAUGCCAAACUGUGACGAUAGGAAUUGGCAAGACAACACAAACAGAUCUGGGACCAGACUAGCGAUCUUACACCUUGUCUUUUAAAAUGGUUGGCAAGCAGAUAGGUAUAAAUACCGGAUAAUGUCAUUAAUUAAUUCCACUUGUCUGUGAAGCUUGGUUUAGACCACUAUAAAAAAUCUAGCCUUGUCCCAGAUCAGUUUGUGCAGUCUUGAGAAUGACCAAAGGAGUUGGCAAGGCUGUAAUAACUGCUCUAGGACAAGGCUGUUAUAAACCUGCUAUAUUACAUGAUGUAAGCUGAGAACAUUAGCCUGUUCCCUGAACCUGAAGGACUGCAUGGCAUGAAACUAAGGCUUUGAGCUUGUAUGUCUGUCUCUUUUCAUUAUGACUGUAACUCACUUUUACUUUGCAAUUUGUUGUGCAAUUUUUUUAUUUUUUUUUGUGGUCAAUUGUUUUAAACUCGCAGCAAUGUAUUCUUUGAACUAUUUCCCAUACAAACGUGUCAUCAUACCAUCUAUCGCUUCACUACCAUUUUCUUCAUGGAACUGUUUGUUUUUUAACCAUUAAUAAAAAUCCUUCCUUCAAAACCAA